AUGUCAAGUAUUACAAGGAUAACUACACCUUAUGACUUAUCACCACUCUCUUUUGACACACCCUAUGAGUUUCCUAGGCAUUUUUUACCUACUGUCAUGAAAGACGAUAGCAAGAUUCCUCUCGUAUUGGUAGCAUGUGGCUCAUUUUCUCCAGUCACCUAUCUUCAUUUAAGGAUGUUUGAAAUGGCCCAAGAUCACUUUAAAGAACGCAACGAAUUCGAACUACUUACAGGCUACUAUUCUCCCGUCUCGGACCAUUACAUGAAGGAAGGGUUAGCAAAAGCAGAGGACCGUGUCAAAAUGUGUCAGUUAGCCGUAGAGACAACUUCAGACUGGCUAAUGGUCGAUUCUUGGGAACCACGUCAAACAACCUAUCAACGUACUGCCAUCGUCCUCGACCACUUUGACCACGAACUCAACAAUGUUGGUGGUGGCAUCUUGACAAAAGACGGUCAAAAGCGUAAAAUUAGAAUUAUGCUGUUGGCAGGUGGUGACUUGAUUGCAUCUUUUGGUCAUCCCGGUGUAUGGGCUCCCAACGAUUUACAUCAUAUCGUAGGUCAUUAUGGAUGUGUUAUCAUAGAAAGAACAGGGACAGAUGUGUAUGGAUUCUUGUUAUCACACGAUAUUCUGUACCAGCACAGAAUGAACGUUACUGUCAUUAAACAAUUGAUUCACAAUGAUAUUAGUUCAACAAAAAUCAGACUUUUUGUGAAAAGAGGCAUGUCGAUCAAAUACCUGCUUCCAAAUCCAGUGAUCGAUUACAUCCAUGCUUAUGGACUCUAUUUACCUCGUCCACCCAAAGAUCAACAAUCCUAAUAAUAUUUUAUUUUAAUUAUAGACACAAUUGUGAAGAGAAAACGAAUGUGCAUACCCUUUCUCCUCUCCCUUCUCAUCCCAUCCUCACUCAGACUUCUUGUCUUUCAUCUAAUGACAAAUAUAAAACCGAUCUUUAUCUUUUUCUCACAACCAAAACCUUCUAACUGUAUUAAAUGGGGUCUUAUCAUCAUUUAGUAAAUAUUAAGGAGCCGUUUACAUGAAAUUUCGUAGCAGCCGUACAAUCUUACAGAGCAAUAAAUAGACACAUAAUUUUUUUUUUUUUUUUUAUUGCACAGUUUCUUUUCUACUAUGACAUCAAAUGUUGGACCACCCAUCGCAUCCG